UAAAAGAGCUGGUGGGGCGAGCCUGGGAAGGACCCUCGGGGAGACCCACAGACACAGAGACGGGAGAGAGGGCAGGAGAGAGACAGAGACAAAGGCCCAGAGGUGCAGCCAGCGUCUGGGGGUGCACAGACAGGGGCCAGAGGAACUGUGGGAGGCAGAGGCCGGGGAAGACAAAGACCCAGGACAGAAGGGUCGGCAGGAGCUCGGCCACCAGGCACCUCUCCCCAGCCAAGGGGCAAGUUCUCUCCAUCUCCCUAAGGGUCCCCAGCCCUGCGGCCCUGGCCCUGGUCCAAGCGCAGGCUGCAAGGGGCACUUUCCACAAAGCCAGGGUGUGAAGGGUGACGGACGGGGUCCCUCCCAGCUGCAGCACCGUGUGCCAUGCCCCGGACAGGCUCGCGUCCCGGGAGGGGCUGGGCUGGCUGCUGUGUGUGGGGAGCCCGCCCCAGUGCUCUGCUGCUGCUCCCGUGGCUGCUGCUGACCUCCCUCCUGCCCCCCGCCCCGCUGGCCAGCCUCCUCCCCUGGGAAGAAGAGAUCGUGUUUCCAGAGAAGCUCAACGGCAGCGUCCCGCCUGGCCCGGGAGUCCCCGCCAGGCUGUGGUACCGCCUGCCCGCCUUCGGGGAGACGCUGCUGCUGGAGCUGGAGCAAGACCCCGGCGUGCAGGUCGAAGGGCUGACGGUGCAGUACCUGGGCCAGGCGCCCGAGCUGCUGGGCGGGGCGGAGCCAGGCACCUACCUCACCGGCACCGUCAACAGAGAUCCGGAGUCCGUGGCAUCUCUGCACUGGGACAGGGGAGCCCUGUUGGGCGUGCUGCAGUAUCGGGGGACUGAACUCCACCUCCAGCCCCUGGAGGGGGGCACCCCUAACUCCGCCGGGGGACCUGGGGCUCACAUCCUACGCCGGAAGAGUCCUGCCAGCGGCCAGGGCCCCAUGUGCAACGUCAAGGCCCCUCCUGAGAACCCCAGGCCCACCCCCCGAAGAGCCAAGCGCUUCGCUUCCCUGAGUAGGUUCGUGGAGACCCUGGUGGUGGCGGACGACAAGAUGGCAGCGUUCCACGGUACAGGGCUGAAGCGCUACCUGCUCACGGUCCUGGCGGCCGCGGCCAAGGCCUUCCGGCACCCGAGCAUCCGCAACCCCGUCAGCUUGGUGGUGACCCGGCUGGUGAUCCUGGGGCCCGGCCAGGAAGGGCCGCAGGUGGGGCCCAACGCCGCCCAGACCCUGCACAGCUUCUGCGCCUGGCAGCGAGGCCUCAACCCCCGGGAGGACUCCGACCCAGCCCACUUCGACACAGCCAUUCUGUUCACCCGUCAGGACCUGUGCGGGGUCUCCACCUGCGACACCCUGGGCAUGGCGGACGUGGGCACCGUGUGUGACCCGGCCCGGAGCUGCGCCGUCGUGGAGGACGACGGGCUGCAGUCGGCGUUCACCGCCGCCCACGAGCUGGGCCACGUCUUCAACAUGCUCCACGACAACUCCAAGCCCUGUGCCGGCGUGAACGGGCCCGGGAGCACCUCCCGCCACGUCAUGGCUCCCGUGAUGGCCCACGUGGACCCCGAGGAGCCCUGGUCCCCCUGCAGUGCCCGCUUCAUCACGGACUUCCUGGACAACGGCCACGGACACUGUCUCUUAGACAAGCCAGAGGCUCCCCUGCACCUGCCUGCGACUUUCCCCGGCAAAGACUAUGACGCUGACCGCCAGUGCCAGCUGACCUUCGGGCCGGACUCCCACCACUGUCCACAGCUGCCACCGCCCUGUGCUGCCCUCUGGUGCUCCGGCCAUCUCAACGGCCACGCCAUGUGCCAGACCAAGCACUCGCCUUGGGCAGACGGCACCCCGUGUGGGCCCUCCCAGGCCUGCAUGGGUGGCCGCUGCCUCCACCUGGACCAGCUCCGGGACUUCCAGGUCCCGCAGGCUGGUGGCUGGGGCCCCUGGGGGCCAUGGGGCGACUGCUCUCGAAGCUGCGGGGGCGGUGUCCAGUUCUCCUCCCGAGACUGCACGCGGCCCGUUCCCCGGAACGGCGGCAAGUACUGCGAGGGCCGCCGCACCCGCUUUCGCUCCUGCAGCACCCAGGACUGCCCGGCCGGCUCAGCUCUGACCUUCCGUGAAGAGCAGUGUGCUGCCUACAACCACCGCACCGACCUCUUCAAGGGCUUCCCGGGGCCCAUGGACUGGGUCCCUCGCUACGCGGGGGUGGCGCCCCGGGACCAGUGCAAACUCACCUGCCAGGCCCGGGCUCUGGGCUACUACUACGUGCUGGAGCCACGGGUGGCAGAUGGGACCCCCUGUUCCCCGGACAGCUCCUCAGUCUGCGUCCAGGGCCGCUGCAUCCACGCUGGCUGUGACCGAGUCAUCGGCUCCAAGAAGAAGUUUGACAAGUGCAUGGUGUGCGGUGGGGAUGGUUCUGGAUGCAGCAAGCAGUCUGGCUCCUUCAGAAAGUUCAGGUACGGAUACAACAAUGUGGUCACUAUACCGGCGGGGGCCACCCAUAUCCUGGUGCGGCAGCAGGGCGGCCCCGGUGUCCGGAGCCUCUACCUGGCGCUGAAGCUCCACGACGGCUCCUACGCCCUCAACGGUGAAUACACGCUGACGCCCUCCGCCACCGAUGUGGCGCUGCCUGGGGCCGUCAGCCUGCGCUACAGCGGGGCCAAGGCGGCCUCUGAGACGCUGGCAGGCUACGGGCCACUGGUCCAGCCCUUGACACUGCAGGUCCUGGUGGCUGGCGACCCCCAGGACGCACGGGUCCGGUACAGCUUCUUUGUGCCCCGGCCACCAACCCCCUCGCCGCCACGCCCAGCUCCCCAGGACUGGCUGCACCGCAAGGCACAGAUCCUGGAGGCUCUCCGGCGGCGCCCCUGGGCCGGCAGGAAAUAGCCUCACCGUCCCGGCUGCCCUUUCUGGGCACCGGGGCCUGGACUCAGCUGGGAGAAUGGGACUUCAUGGGGCCCCACGCUGGACAUGGUGGGGAGGGGCGAGUCCCACAACACGAUGCGCAGGCUGGCCCUGCCCCUGCCCAGUGGGCCUGCCCUGGUGGCGGGACAGUGGAUAGAAGGGGCUGGGAGACAGUCUCCUGUCUGAACUGGCCCCUUGGCCCUGCUGGUCGCAGGAGGGAGGGGAAAGCAGUGUGGUCUGUUGUAUUUAUUUAGUAUUUAUUCCGUUUUAUUUAGCCCCAAGGAAAGGAUCCUGGGGAAACUGACCCCUACCCCUCAUGGCCCUCUGGCCAGGAACCCAGGGUGCAGGCAAUGACCUUGAGUGACCUGUGUGUGUGUGUGCGCGAGGGAGUGUGUGCGCGCGUGUGUGUGUGCUUGUGUGUGAGGCGUUUCCUGCCCGGUCUCCUCUCGCGGAGACGUACCUCCGGGGAAAGCAGAUUCGAGGGUGCGACAGGUCUUUGCAGAAUAAGGGAUCAUCACAUGUUUUAAAUGUAAAUUGAGCUCUGCCAUGUACGUGCCCCUUUCGGAGGGAGAGGCAGCUGCAUCUGGGCUCUGUGUCAGUCUCCUCAACUGCCAGUAACGACACCGCCCUCGGAGGUGUGUUGGGGGGUGAAGGGGUGUGAACCAGCGAGGAGCAUAAUGCCCAGUGACUGUCACCCCCUCUCGGUCCCCACCAUGUUGGCGGAGCCUGCCCUGACCCCCUGGCUCCCUUCCUCUGGUUGGCGGGGCCCUUGAUUCGGAGUGACUGUGAGAGAAAGGAUGACUCUGUCCCUGACCCAGGGGUUCGCAGCCCCACGAGACAAAAUAAACACUCGACUCCAGUGCAGUUGAGGAGGACAUGAAGCUGCGAGGUCACAAGAACCACUUACUUGGACAUGGACACAAACAAGCGCUUGGGAAUGAGCGUGACUCGGGGGUCUGGAGGAAAUGCUGGGGUAGAGAGCACUUUGGAGCCGGGGCGGGGCCGGGGUCUGACUUGGAGUUGGGGCUCAUCGUGCCAGCGGGUGGCGCUGGGCACCGCACUGACGCGGAGCCUCGGCUUGCUCAGGUGUACGAGGGGGCUAACAGGACCGGCUCCCAGAGGGGGUCCCUGGA